GGGUGGGAGUAAAAAGAGGAAGAUGAGAGCGAAGGUGACUUUCAGCUAUAGUCCACAGAAUGAGGAUGAAUUAGAGUUAAUAGUAAAUGAAACGGUAGAGGUUAUUGACCAGCCUGAGGAAGGAUGGUGGGAAGGUGUCAUCAAAGGAAAACAUGGUCUAUUUCCAUCAAACUUUGUCACCAUAGUAGAUGAAGAUGAUGCUGCAGAACAUAAAGCAGAAACGGUGCCAUCAUCCGGUGGAACGACUCCGAUGGAAGAGGAAAAACCAGUGAAGAAGAUCAAGAGUUCCGGUAUCGGACAUGGUAACAUCUUUGCCCAAGGGAUGCCUCAGCUCAGGAAGACUCCUUCUGGGGAUAAAGAUGUACGUACUCAAGCCAAACCUGAGUCUCAUCCAUUCGCUUUGAAAAGGAUGUCAUUACGGAAAAAGGAACAUGAGGAAAAGAAGGAUGAGGAAAAGAAAGAAGAUAAGAACACAACUCCCGCAACAGAAACAAAAGGAUUAUUUAAAGUGAAGGUGAUAUACGACUACGAGCCCAAGAAUGGCGAUGAGCUUCAGUUAAAGAAAGGAGAGAUAGUGACUGUUACUGAUAAGAAUGCUGGGGAUAGUGGAUGGUGGAAGGGAGAACUCAAUGGUAAAGUUGGAGUGUUUCCUGAUAACUUUACAGAAGAGAUUCCUGAAGAGAAAACGAAAAAGAAGAAUAUGCCUGCUCCUGUUCCAGCGAGACCUGUAUCAGGAAUGUUCCGAGCACCAGGGGAUGAGCAGCAUUCACUGUCCGCACCACCACGUCCAUCGAGACCUGGUAGUAUGGAAGUCAAGGGAGGUUCUACACAGAAACCUGGUGUUACUAAGCAACCGUCUCAGGAUAACAUGAAGACUGUUCCUAAGGAAUCUCAUAUCAAUGGCUCAAGACAUCUCCCGCCUGGUGCUAAACAGGUACUGCCACCGCCUACGGCUGGAAGGCCUCAAUUAUUCAACAAGCCUACAGCGUUGACCAAACCACAGUCAACAUCUAAACCACAUGAUGUUAAAGAGACACCAAAGGACAGCACAGACUCUGGUAAAUCAGAACCAAAAGAAACAACAUUUGAUAACAUCAAGCCCAACUCUGAAAAACUGACACACAUGAAUCUUUCAAGGCCGAAGGCAACCCCUAAUAGGAGACCGCCCUCUACGUUUGGCGCACCUCCAGCAUCGUCAUCAUCUAACAACACGCCCCUCUCACCCAUCAUCAGCCCCCCUCCUACCUCCACCUCACCGAUCACCAGCGUCGAUGGCCCCACCUCCACGCCACACCCCUCCUCCCACGACGACGAUGAGCCUAAGCAGCCACCCCCAUGGAGUCGAGACAUCAAAAAGUCCCUUCGUAGGCCGCCUGUUGCACUGCCUACUCAGGAAAAGAAAUCUCCUCCCCCAACCAGUAGCUCCUCCUCCUCCUCUCCUCCUGCUGAUACUCCUCCUCUUGCUCCACGCUCCAAACAUAAAAAAGCCCACCUGUCCACCCCAUCCCUCGCCCCUAUACCAGACCACGCCCCCUUAUCAACCCCCUCUAAUACCUCAAGCUCUGCCUCAUCAUCCAAAGCAGAGGAACCUACAACAACUCCCCAUUCAAAGCCAUCAUCUCAGGCCCCUCCCCUUACCGGUCCACUCCCUGAGAAGCCCCGCCCUUCGGACCACCUUCUGCCCCGACCAUCCAUUGACCCUGGUCCCAAGGAGUCUGCUAGCAGCCAACCGCCUUGGAAGAUGGAACUGAAAAACAGAACUAAUAAAUCUAGUGGGCAUUCAUCUGCUUCGGCUCAGUCCACUGAAAAUGGCAGUGUACAUGUACCUCCUGGUAGACCUAAAGCCUCACCAGCUCAGUCUGGCUCUACCACCACCACCAAUACUACCACUGCUCCAGCUACAGAUACCAGCAGUGGAGCACCUCCAAGGCCACCUGGAGGGGUUACCAAGACGACAGCAUCCUCCAACUCCGCUGCUCCUAGUAAAGAUGCAGCCACGUCUGCUGAAGUGCAGGACUUGAAGAAAGAAAUCAAAGCUCUCCAUGAAACUAUUGCCAGCAUAAAGAGUGAUUUCAAGAAAGAGGUGAAGAAGUUGAUGACAGAAGUGGACGACGAGAAAAAACAUAGGAUGAUGAUGCAAGUUGAGUUAGAAAGAAUAAAGAAAAUUGUUAUGGAAAGAGACUGAUCGUCGUGGAAACCACAUUCUCAUCAUCAGUGCAAACUAGAAAAGAGACAUAAUAGUUCUUUCAUUGGCUGGAUUCAUGUCCAGCAAGUUUUUUUGUAAAAAAAGCAUUUCAUCACCGCUAUUUUUCAGAUAGACUUAUUUUAUUUUCAACUCUGCUGCAGUCAUUCCUUGAAGACCGUCGAGACUUCCUUCUAUUCCAUUAUUUUAUUUUAAAAAUGAUUCCAGUAAAGCAGAAUUUUCUUCAUCGGACCAAAUUUUUUUUUGUGUCAUCCAUUAACUCGCAAGUGUUGGGAUGAAUUUAUGUGUAAAAAAAGAGUUUUGAAUUCAUUUAUAUUAUAAGAAAGAUACAUGUAUAUUUUAUCAUGUAAAGAGUGUUUAAUGACAUAUUACUUCACUUGUCCUUGUAUGUAUAUAUAUAGCAACCAUCCGAUGCACAUUUCUUGCUCUCAGAGAGAGCAGGCUAAGAUAAGAAACAGUGGAUGAUUUUGAGUUUGGUGUUGGUGCCGACUUCCCUAGCUCUAGCACCUAAUCAUGUUUUGGUGUUAGUGUUGGUUUAGGAAGCUUAAAUCAGAUUCAGUUUGGUGUUAGUGCCGACUUCCAUAGCUCUAGCACCUAAUCAAGUUUUAGCGUAAGUGUUGGUGUAGGAAGCACAAUCAGAUUCAGUUUGGCGUUGCUGCUGAAUUCCCUAGCUCUAGCACCUAAUCAAGUUUUGGUGUUAGUGUUGGUGUAGGAAGCACAAUUCAGAUUUGCUUCUAUAGCUUCAAUUCCAAAUCUGAGUUUAUAAAAAUGGUCAAAAUCACAUUAUUGAAUAAUGUCAGCUCCAAAGUCAAAACCAAUUGAGACUCGUCCUGGGACUCAUUUCAUAGAACUACUAAUAAUAAAAAUAUACAAUAACAGUUAAAAACUACCAAAAUCCUUCAAUCUGAUUGGCUAAUAAUUAACUUUGUUAUAGAAAUUGUGCAUUUGUUAUUAUAACAAGUCUUCAUGAAACAGGACCCUUUUUUUUACGGUAAUGUCAACUCAACACUAACACCAAAAGGACAACACCAAACUUGAAAUCAGCCAGUGACCUAACUGGAGGGACCCAUGAUUAAUCUGACUUCUUUGACACCGUUGCUACCUCUCAUUAUGGUAGACCAGUCUGAUAGUCAGUAUAAUUACAUGACUAAGUGAAUACCCAAUGGCCCAUGCUUUGAAUUUUGGUUUAAGUUACACUCUCGCCUGAAGUUGUGGUUUAACUAUGGAUAGCCAAUGGUGACAAAUCUUUAAUCGUAGACGUUCAAUUUAUAAGUUCAUUUGACACUCAAAAUACUCUCUACUCUCUUGGAAGGAUAAAUGAAAUAGUUGUCUUCAUAUUAAAGAACCUGGAAAGAGCAGAGUGGACAUGACAAAAAUACAAUGUAAACAAAAUUUUGACUUUUUGGCUUCCCAUAAUUUUAGCGCAGUUAGGCCAUGGUAUACAUUAGACUGGACUUAGGAAUACAGGCCUGUGUCUUGAUUAUAUAAUUGUACUCAGUGCUUUCACUCAACUGAUACACUCAUGUGUGUAGGAAAGUAGUCUAUUGUUAUUUGUUAAUCAUUAUUGUGCUACUUCCUUUAUCAGAUUUUUCAUGGUUCCUCCAUAAACGGUCACACAAGAACUAACUAUGCCUGCUAUUUGAAAAUUUAUAAUGUAUAUGAGCUUGGAAAUAGAAUUGUAUUCAUUAAAAAAAAAAUCAUUAUCGUAUGUUAUUGUAUGAAUGCUUCAAAUUGGUCUGUGACUUGUGUAUGUAUCGACAGUGGCAAUUGGAAAGCAUUUAUUUGCAUGGUAAUUCUUGAUAUCAUUGUUCCUUAGGUGGACAUAGGAAGACAAAAAUAAGAAUUUCAAUAAAAACAAUAUGCACAUUGUAGCUUGUAAUCAGUUAUAGUUUUCAAUGGAGAGAGGGGGGGGGGGGGGUCAUCAUCUCAGUGUCAAAACUCCAUGAAUAUGACUAAUGGUAAUAGAUUCUAUCGCCAUGUAGAGCCGUCAUAAUUUCAUGGCUUCUUCCCUCAAACGCUAUAUGAAUACAGGGCAUACGCAUAAUCAGAGUUAUCAGAGAUGUUCUUGUUGCAGAUCACCAAUGCGUGCUAAGCAAUAGCUUCAGCCUCUAAGAUGGCGGCAGGAUGAUGUCAAUGCAUAAGGUCUAUUACAUUUUGCAUGUGGUAGUUGCUUUUUUUUGUUAUCUGAGUACAUGUAAACGAGAAUAUUGCUAAAAAUGCCAUGUGCGUCCAAAUUACAUGUAAAGAACCCUAUCGAUCUUCCUUUGAUCUUACAGGUUAUUUUUUUUUGGUCAUUCAGGAAACGAUAACAAAUAAUACCAGUUCCAAUGAAAGAGGAUGGUAAAGGUAAUAAUGGCUUAUUCUGUAAUUUGGGAUUUGGUUCUUUCAUUCUUUUGUUUAAACAAAGUAAAAUACAGAGUUUUUUACUCUUUCAUUCAGAGAUUUUGCUUAUUUGAGAGCAUAUACUGGAUUUCCACAUGAUACACAGGUUUUGUUGAGAGUGAAAGAGAGAGAGAGAGAGGAAAAGAGAGAAUUAGAGAGAGAGAAAAAAAAAGAUUCCUCUCAUUGCAUAAGCAACUAUUGUGUAUUUUAGAGGGGUUUUAAGAUAAGACUUAUUUUUACAAAGGUGCGUGUAUUAUUUGCUAACCAGGUAAAAUUCAUGUUAACAUGAUUCCAUCACACUUAAAAUUUAAGAAUGUUUUUAAGAAAGUAAUUAAAGUUUUCAUGAUCCUCAUUUUAAGUCUUUCAUAAUUGUUGUAAAUGUUCAUGUAGUUCAUACACAAAAUAUAAAUUGUGCUUGAUAAAAAAAUAUUUGUAAUGAUUUUAAAAAUUUAUUGUGAACUUUAUUUUUCAACAGAUAUGACAGAACUAAACUCGGCAACAUUUUGCGUUCAAAGUCAAGGGUUUGGAAAUAAAAAGAAAAAGGGGACUUAGUUCAGAUUCAUCAUUGAUAACAGAAUCAAUUGACCUUUGCGAAAUACCAUCAAAGAGUUUUGAUGAUAUUAAAUUUUACAAUGUUAUUUGCCUACGAUAUAGACUAUGAAAUUACCAGUGGGAAACUGGCUAAUUUAGGUAUUAAUGCACAUUUUCCAUGGACCCCCAAAUAUAUUGUGUUUAAAUAUUUUUUGUCUUAUAAUGGUAAAAAUUAACAAUUUUUAUAUAUUAAUCAGGCAUAAAUCAAAUAAUAUACUAUGCAUAUCAAAUUAAAUAAUUUCCUAUGGGAGUUCGAGCAAAGAAAUAUUACCAAGAUCAUUGUUCAAUGGAGAUGUAUUUAAUAAGUAACUUGUAUCUAAGAUCUGAUAACUAAUUCCUUUAACUGAAUAUCAGUCAGAAUGAACAAUUUAAUAUAUUAACCAAAGCAUUCAUUUGAGGGCUAAGUAGAACAACUUCUAAAGAGCAUUUAUUUAAAUGUUAGUUGAUAUUUUCAAUACCACACUUGCCUUUUCUUAGACUUGAUAGUAAAAUCAUCUCUCACAUUCAGAUAUUGAAAUUAAUUUUCUCUUAUUUUUUCACUCUUCAUACAUUACGCAAGUAGUCUUUCUUUUAUGCCUUGGUCAUUAGUUUAGGAGUGAUUCAAAGCUUGCUGGUUAUUGUAUUAUCAGCUUUGUGAAAAUCAUCAGUUUCUAGGUGCUUAUUAAAGUGUGUCAUAUAUAUGUGUACUUGAAAUCUGUCAAAAGUGUCUUGUAAAGGAUUUCAAUCAGAUAUAUUUAUUUAUUUGCUAGCAUGAUUUUAAGUAAUUGAUAUCAUUUAUUGAUUGAUUAUGGUGAUGAGGUGUCUUGAUGUGUUUGGAUUUUUAUUGUAUGGUAAAAGAUGAAAGAGGAGUCUCACAUUGUACCGGGCCAAUACAGAUUUAUUUGAAUUGCUGUUUAUCUAAAGACAGAGUACAGGGUCUCUUUGCAUAAAAUCUCAUAAUAAUAAUAAUAAUAGGCAUUUAUAUAGCGCUAUCUAUCUAGAAAUAUUCUAUUCCGAGGCGCGUUAUUAUUAUUACCCCGGCUUUAGCUCGAGCUGCCUUUCAGCGCUCAUGCAUUCAAGGAAUUAAUCCUGCCGGGUAUCCAUUCACAUCACCUGGGUUAAGUCCAGCACAAUGUGGAUAAAUUUCUUGCUGAAGGAAAUUAUGCCAUGGCUGGGAUUCGAACCCACGACCCUCUGUUUCAAAGUCAGAAGACUUAUCCACUGGGCCACAACGCUCCAGGAUUUUAAUUCUGCCAUUAUUGGUACCAACCAUGGAAUACUUGAUUUUGGUUAGCUGCUGAGCCCUGUUAUCAUAGUAUUGACCAAAAUGGCAAAAUUAACUUAGUAAAAUAUAUUUUUGCAAUAAGACCCAGAAGUGGAUGUAUAGUGUGUAUGGUGUAAUUAUGGCUGUAUAUUUACACUAGUUGGUUCAUGCAAAAAAUCAACAAUUUGAUACUCUAUGAUGGCAUGAAUGAUUUGGGUUAAAGUGUGAUGCAUUAAAUUCCCUUCUAAAAUCUGUGGGAUAAUUUUGGUCCAUGUACUUGUUCUUCUAGCUGGUCAACCAAUUUGUGUUAUCACUUCAAACUCAUUUCAAUUCAUCUUUGGUUUGAUUUUCUUUUUCCUAAAUCUCCAAAUGAACGGUGAAUAUAAAGACUAUUCUUAUUCUUAAUUGAUUAAAGGCAAUUAAGGCAUGGAUAACUAUAAUAUUAAUUUUUUUUUAGUUUGUCAUGGUAUAAAUUGUUCAUCAGUGCUAUUUUUUUCUUCAUCUCAAUGCUUUCAUUGUAAUUUUAUAUUUUGUAACUUCGUUUUCUUGUACAAAGCCUGAGAUUAUCUGGAUUUGUAAAUUUUAUAUGCUAUGAAGAAGGUCAAUAUAGCUCUGCAUUUGCAAUGUAUUCUUUCAAACAUUGGGGGAAAUAUCAGAGAAAUUUCUAAUAUUGUUUUGUAUGAAAUAUAACUGUGAUGAACGAGACUUAGAAAGUUGCUCAUUUGGAAAUUGAAUAUUGUAGAAAUAUUGGGAUAGAAGAAAUAAAAAAAUUAUAUAUAUAAUGAAA